AUGGUGGCCACGUGCCUGCAGGUGGUGGGCUUCGUCACGAGCUUCGUGGGCUGGAUCGGCAUCAUCGUCACCACAUCUACCAACGACUGGGUGGUGACCUGCGGCUACACCAUCCCCACCUGCCGCAAGCUGGACGAACUGGGCUCCAAGGGGCUAUGGGCCGACUGCGUUAUGGCCACGGGGUUGUACCACUGCAAGCCCCUGGUGGACAUCCUGAUCCUGCCGGGCUACGUUCAAGCUUGCCGAGCCCUGAUGAUCGCUGCCUCCGUCCUGGGUCUGCCGGCCAUCUUCCUGCUGCUCACUGUUCUCCCCUGCAUCCGAAUGGGCCAUGAGCCUGGCGUGGCCAAGUACAGGCGGGCACAGCUGGCUGGCGUUCUGCUCAUCCUAGUGGCCCUCUGCGCCAUCGUGGCCACCAUCUGGUUCCCCGUGUGCGCUCACCGGGAGACCACCAUCGUGAGCUUCGGCUACUCCCUGUACGCGGGCUGGAUCGGCGCUGUGAUGUGCCUCGUGGGCGGCUGCGUCAUCGUCUGCUGCGCCGGAGACGCCCAGGCGUUUGGUGAAAACCGAUUCUACUACUCCUCGGGCUCCAGCUCGCCGACGCAUGCCAAGAGCGCCCACGUGUAA